AUGGCCUACGUUCCAGGUCUGACGCUACCGGCGUCAAUCUUCUCAAACACUCCAAUCUCUAUCCUGCUCCCCUUGGGUUUGGGUCUUGGGUCGGGCUUAGUAUCACAGCCAGGAAGAUUGAGGCCCAAAAAGCUUUCCGACAAAGCUGCAAAAGAGCGAGGAACGUUCCGCAGCACAGAAGAACAAUAUCUUGCACUGAGACAGCCUCCUUUCAGACCACCUCCGUGGGUUUUCGCUCCUGCCUGGACCACAUUAUAUCUCUUGAUGGGAUAUGCUGCCAAUCGAGCUUGGACCACCGGAAUGGCUAGUUUGAAUCCGACUGUGGUAGAGAACACUCGAAGGGGUGCAACCUUAUAUACUAUCCAGCUAGGAUUGAACAUCAUAUGGAUGCCGCUAUUCUUUGGGAUGGGAAGACCUAUUGAAGCAUUAUUGGACAUCGUGGCCUUGACAGGCUCAGUCGGCUACCUGUCUUUUAUUUGGAGCAAGGUCGAUCAGACAGCAGCUUAUUGUUUGGUACCAUACAUUACCUGGCUCGGCUUUGCUACCUAUUUGACUGCUGGCACCGGAUAUCUGAAUGGAUGGACCAUCAAGGGGAAUGAGGAGACUCAAGAACAGGUGACCAAAAAGGAGUUAUGA